AUGGGUGGCGGAGGAAAGAUCCCAUACCCCAAGCACGUCUGGUCGCCGUCCGGUGGUUGGUAUGCGCAGCCCGCCAACUGGAAGGCCAACACGGCCGUCAUGGGCCUAGCCCUCGGCAGCAUCGUCGGCAUGGUGUGGAUGGUCAGCGCGAACCGCGAGUACCGCGACAAGAUGCCCGAGCCCCACCGGUUCUUCCCCAGCCGAAAUUGGAGCAAGCAGAUCAUCGAGCACGAGCGGAAA